CACGCUCCAGCAGGGGGCGCCACAACAGUGGGCGGAAGUGAAAGUAAACGCUCGGUUCUUCCUGGCUUGAUUCGGUCUAAAAAUCCUCACGGAGUCAUGAACUCUCAACCCUUCAACUCCGUCCUGCUGGAGAUCUCCAACGAGCUGACCGCGGACAACCUGGACAAACUCAAGUUCCUGCUUCGGCAUGUGAUCGGGAGGCGAGAGCUGGAGAAGAUCGGUACCGGCCACCGGCUGUUCGAGGUUCUGACGGAGAGACGCAAACUCACACCGGAAGACACAGACUUUGUCUCGGGGCUUCUGGAGGAGAUCCAGCGUCCGGACCUGUCAGUCAGAAUCAGCAGCUGGGGAAGUCCGAGCGGAUCCACUGAUGUUCUGGACCGGACGGAACAAGCGAAGCUGGAUGCUGCCUUCGAGGUCAUGACAGAGCAUCUGGGUAGGAACUGGCGCAAACUGGGACGCAAACUCAAAAUAAGCGAGGUGAAGCUGGAUUCCAUCUCCAGCAGGCAUCCCAGAGACCUGGAGGAGACCACGAUGGAGCUGCUGAAGGAGUGGAGGAAGAGUCGAGGAGCCGAGGCCAGAGCGGAGGAGCUGAUUCUUGCCCUGAGGGACUGCCAGUUAAACCUGACCGCUGAUGAAGCGGAGGAAAAGAUGAGGCCAUAUCUGUAAAUGUGUUGUUGGCUUCACCGCCAACAAGAGUGUAAGGAGUCGUUUGUUAUAAAACUCAGACUGGUGUUCUC